GUCGGCACCUUGAGAUUCUGCGGCACAACGGAAUUUGCCAGCGGCCAGUGGGCUGGCGUAGAGCUGGAUGAACCGGAAGGAAAGAACAAUGGAAGUGUUGGGAAAGUCCAGUACUUCAAGUGCGCACCGAAACGCGGUAUCUUUGCACCUCUUUCUAAGAUAAGCAAGGCUUCUGAUCACAGAAAAAGCUUCGUACGAAGUUCUUCCAUGCGGUAUUCACCUUUGGUCAAAUCCAAGAAAAUAGAUGUGACACACGUAACUUCCAAAGUGAAUUCUGGCCUAAAUACAGCAAAAAAGGACAGUGUUGCUGAAACCAACUUUCUGACUGCUAACAGGGGAAAAACUGCACCUGCAAAAGAUGGCUUUCCCGUGUACAGCAGCUCCUCCUCUUCUACUACCUCCUUGGAAGGCAGACAGAAUUACUGCAGGAAGCGGAACUCGGCUAGCAGCAGUAAGAAAGCGGUGACCAGAGCGGCUUCUGCCUCAUCGAAAACGCGUGCUGGUAUGGCCCGGUUCUGUAGCUCUCCGGCUACCAGGAAAAACCCUUUUGGCGAAGGAGAGAUCCGGGUUGGCGACAGAGUACUGGUGGUGGGACAGAGGACAGGCACUGUCAGAUUCUGUGGGACGACAAAAUUCGCACCAGGAUGCUGGUGCGGGAUUGAGUUGGACAAGCCUCACGGGAAGAAUGACGGUUCCGUGGGAGGCGUUCAGUACUUCCGGUGUCUGCCCAGAUACGGUAUAUUUGCACCCCCCUCUCGCGUACAGAGACUAACAGGUUCUCUGGAUUCUCUCGCAGAGGCUUCAUUGAGCAGAGUAAAUCACACUUUUCCAGGUUUUAGGCGCAGCCUAAGCACCACUUCUGCAUCUUCACAGAAGGAGAUAAACAGGAGGAACUCCUUUGUGAGAUCCAAGAGCUCCGUGUUACGGCGCAGCUGGAGUAACACCGCCACAGCCAACGCGGAGGGACCGGUGAAGCUGCACGAGGGCUCUCAGGUUCUCCUGACCAGCUCCAACGAGAUGGGCACCAUCAGGUACCUGGGCCCCACAGACUUUGCGCCGGGGAUGUGGCUGGGCCUCGAACUCCGAAGCGCCAAGGGCAAGAACGAUGGCGCCGUGGGGGAAAAGCGCUAUUUCACCUGUAAGCCCAACCACGGGGUCCUAGUUCGACCCAGCAGGGUGACCUAUCGGGGGAUUAAUGGGGCAAAACUCGUGGAUGACGUCUGCUGA